AGGUGGGAGUGGCAGAACACACGCGUGGAGAGUUCAGGGGUGACAGAGAGAGGCGGGGAUGGUGGCCGAGUAGAUUCAAUUUCAUUCACACCGCUGCCCCUUCGCCGGGACAGUGUCAUCUUGGAAGUAGCAGCUGGUGACGCCGGGAGCAGCCCUGAGCUGGCCGGCGGAGAAGGAUCGGAAGCUUGUAGAGUUCAGUGGGAGAGGCUGUAGGAUGGCAGCCCAAGCCCAAGAGACCAUGGCUAUUAUGAUACAUCCAAGGAUUUAUAAGCUAUAUUGUCUCUGCUGCCUAGUCCUUGCGUCCUCUGUCUCCUCUUUUGCAGAGGACCACACAGGUGGGAGUCAUCAAGCAAAUGUGCGUCUUGAUAAGAACAUGGUGCAAGAUAAGGACCACAUCAUGGAACAUUUAGAAGGUGUAAUUGACAAACCAGAAUCUGAGAUGUCACCACAAGAACUGCAGCUUCAUUACUUCAAAAUGCACGAUUACGAUGGCAACAAUUUGCUUGAUGGGCUUGAGCUUGCCACUGCAAUCUCACAUGUACACAAAGAGGAAGGUGGAGAACACACCCAGACAAUGAAAGAAGAGGAAUUAAUUAGCUUGAUAGAUGGUGUCUUGCAUGAUGAUGAUAAGAAUAAUGAUGGAUACAUUGACUAUGCAGAGUUUGCAAAGUCACUGGAAUGAUGAUUUUUUAAAAAACAUUUAGUUCAUGUGACCCAGUACAAUGUGAUUCUUUACUGUAAGUUUGUCUGUUCUCUACCCUCUGGGCUGCAAAGUUAAUGGUAGCAAAAUGUAACAGCUAGAAUUUGUUCCUUACAUGUUGAAAAGCAUGAUGGGAACUAUUAUUUAAUGCUAUCUUGUUAGCAAACAACAUUAAGCAAUAUUGUACAUCUGUGUUAGCAAAUUGUUUGGCAGUUAGCUUUUUGAAACAAGUCUUUAAGCCAGGAUCUAAGUCACUUUACGCCAGGAUAGCUUUUGGAUAAGUCCAAUAAACAUUCAUCAUAAAAGGUCAUAGCACUGUGAAGUCUGAAAUGUCAAAAUUAAAUGCUAAAACCAACACUAUGAUUUAGUAUUUAUGCUUACUCUUGUUUUGAUUUCAACAUUCAUUUUUUGCAAAAAUGGAAUAUAGACAUGAUCCAGAAAAAGCUUAAAUUCUUUCAAGAUCUGCCAGUAAAAGGAUUAAGUACCUAAUUAAAUCUCCUCCGUUAAAAUUGAUGUGAAGUUAACAGUGCUGAGACUUUGACUGCCUUGUGGAGUCAAUCUUUAAAUACUUGUUUACCAGUUAGCCAAAUGUCUUUCAGUUAUCUCCUUUUAUUAAUCACUACUUUGCUAGGUUUUGCUGUGCCCUUCGUUAUUCUUAUAAGACUUGUUGUUGUUGUUAUAAAUUAAGUAUAUAUAUACUUAAUAUAUUAGUUGUGUGUAUUAUACACCAUCAAUACAGUAUUUUACUUCAGAGUUCAUUUUCAGAAAGUGUAGGUUAAAUACUGCUGUUCAAUAAAGUAGUAAUACUAAGGACAAUGCAAGCAAAUUGAAUUUUAUAACUAUGCUAAAAUGCUGCCUUGUGAAGGUUCUUGCCAAUGUACUUUAAAAAGAAUUCAUGGUGUUAGCUAUGAAAAAUACUUUCUAUUUUUUUUCUAAAAUUAACUCUUUGAGGAGAGUGUUUUAAUACUUGAAUGGUCUGCGUAUUUAAAAUGGUUCUGGAAAGAAAUACAUCUAUGUUGUUCAACAGCCUUGUGCAGAUCUAAGGUGAUACAUAACUGUCCUGUUUGCCCUGUUGUAUAAAACAAAAUGGAAAGCUUACAUUUCAUCAAACUUACUAUAUUCACAAACAUAAAACCAAAAUGCUCCUCUGUAAAUUGUGUAAGAGACCUAUUUUCUGUAUUAAAAAUAUUCUUAUAUGAAGUGUGUUUGUAAAAAUGGCUUCUUUUGCUGUGUAAUAAAAAACAUUGCUUGUA